GUGCUGCUGAGCAGCUGCAGCUGGGCUUGGUAAGCAGCGGCUCAGGGAGCCCCGGCUGGCGGGACCCGCUCGAAGCGGCUCCUGGGGCUGUAGAAGAACCCGUCAGAGGCAGCAGCCCCCGCCUUUCCCCCGCCAUCAGGGGCCUGAUUGAGGCACCUGGGUGCAUACAGGGCCGGGGGACACGUUUCCCCCUCAUAGUCAAGCAUACACGUGCGUAGCCCCCCUCGCCUGAGGGGCCAGGGGGAAAGCUUCCGAUGCCGCCAGCCCGGUGCGGCAGGGCUGGGUAGGGAGCCCGAGCCCGGCGGGGAAGCGCUUGCCUGGGGAACCUGUCCUCAGAGGACGGGGAGCAGCGGCGCCUGCAGCCGGCGGAAGGGUGAAGUUAAAGCGGGCGUGUGGACGCCCCGUCCGCGGAGAGCCGAGGGGCGAGCUCCACGCAGGCCAGCCGGGCUGCUCAGCCCGAAGGCGAGCCUAGCUCUCCGGGCGGCGCCCGGCUUCUCCUCCUGCUCUAGGAGCCGCCGCUGCCGCCGCCGCCGCCCGCGGAGCUGGGACGCGGCUGCCGGGGGCGGGGCGGGAGUCAAUGCCUGGUCCAAGCCCUGCUGCGCUCGCCGUUCAGAGAGGAAUAAUCCAGCUGCAUGGGAGGAAAUGAACGUGGCGGGGAAGCAGCCGCCUCCAGCUCCGCUUGAGCGCCCGGCCAGCCUCCUCGUCCCCACCUGGACUAAAACAGGUAUUGCAUUAUUAUAUGAUGAAGGGUCUGAAAAUGCCUAUGAUAUCCAACUGAAGCUUACAAAAGAGGUCCUAACAAUUCAAAAACAAGAUGUCAUCUGCGUUAGUGGAAGUGAUCACAAUACAAAUCACAGAACUGUUACACUUCAUAGACAACCAGUUGGUGGCUUGGGCUUAAGUAUAAAGGGUGGUGCUGAGCACAAAGUGCCCGUCGUCAUAUCAAAAAUAUUUAAAGACCAAGCAGCUGACCAAACAGGAAUGUUAUUUAUAGGAGAUGCACUAAUACAGGUUAAUGGCAUAAAUGUAGAAAGUGCUACCCAUGAAGAAGUGGUACACCUACUGCGAAAUGCUGGUGAUGAAGUUACCAUCACUGUACAGUACCUCAGGGAAGCUCCAUCAUUUCUAAAGCUCCCAUUAGGUUCCCCUGGACCAUCCAGUGAUCAUAGCAGUGGAGCUUCCUCACCUCUCUUUGACAGUGGUUUACAUUUGAAUGGAAACUCAACUAACACAGCUCCAUCAUCGCCCUCCUCACCCAUAGCUAAUGAACCAAAAUAUGAAAAGCGCUGGCUAGACACCCUAUCAGUUCCUCUGUCGAUAGCUCGAAUCUCAAGAUACAAAGCUGGAACAGAUAAAUUAAGAUCUAAUGCAUUUGAAGUGCUUGCACUCGAUGGAGUUAGCACUGGGAUACUUCAGUUUUAUACAGCGCAGGAGUGUGCUGACUGGCUGAGAGCAUUAUCAACUAACAUCAGUGAUUUGACACUUCAAAAUAUGAAAAUGGCAAAUAAAUGCUGCUCUCUGUCACACCAGAUUAUUCAUAUGGGCUGGGUGAAUGAAAGACUCGAGGGAACUGAUUCAUCUCAAGUCUACAAAUACAAGUUCCUGGCACUGAAGGGUUCAUCCUUCUACAUUUUCAGCACUCCACCGGUAAGCACACUAGACUGGGUACGAGCUGAAAAAAUCUAUCACCUCUGUGAGGUUCUAUUUAAAGUUCACAAGCUCUGGCUUGCUGAUGAUUGCUGGCUACAAGCAAACUUGUAUUUAGGUAUUCAUCAGGACUAUGAGCUUGAAGACCAGAGGCCAUAUUGUUUCAGUGUCAUGGUUGGACAUGGCCAGAGUCAUUAUUUUAAUGUAGAGCUUGGCAGUGAGUUGGCAGCAUGGGAAAAAUCAUUUCAAAGAGCAAUUUUCUUGGAAGUUCAAAGAACAGGGUCUAAAACAUAUAUGUGCAGCUGGCAAGGAGUAACUCUGUGUUUCACAGUUGACUUUGCCUUGGGAUUCACCUGUUUUGACAGUAAAACAAAGAAUGUGCUCUGGAGGUUUAAAUUCUCUCAGCUCAAGGGGUCUUCAGACGAUGGAAAAACAAGAGUAAAGCUGCUUUUUCAGAAUCUAGACACCAAACAAAUUGAGAUGAAGGAACUUGAAUUUCCGGAUCUGACAGCAGUUUUACACUGUAUUCACUCCUUUAUAGCAGCAAAGGUGGCAUCACUGGAUCCAGCAUUUAUAGACAGCCAGAGCAUUGCAAGAAAAUACAUGUACAGUAACUGAAAUCCAAUUCUGUGUUGUGAUUAUUGCAAAUAAAGUAUUUUCUUAAAGAAAUUAGUUAUUUCAUGCACAAUAUUGCAAUUCUGUGUGAUUUUAUAAGGAGCCUAUAGUUGUGCUAUCAAUAAAAAUGCUACUAGGUUUCAUAUGUUGUUCAUCAUUGUUAAAUCUCAUGAGUUAACAAACAUUAAUUCAGCCUGAGUCAGUUUGUUUUCUAUAACAUUAAUCUAAAUCCCGGAAUGAAAAUGUUCAUAGCAUAAUAUUCCCAAUGUUGUUUUGAUUUUUUCUGAGAAGUUGCAUCAUGGUGUAAAAAUGGGGACCAAGAUUUGCCAGCUGUGUGCCUGAAGUUAGGCUCCUAACAUUUGGCCUGGUCAUCAACUAAGCUAAGCACACAGAAACUUCCAUAGACUUCAUUAUGGAAGAAAAGGGCAAGAUUUUCAAAAGUAUUUAAGGAAGUUAGGUGCCCAGCACCCCUGGAAGCUAGUGCAAUAGGCUUUUAACUUGCUUAGAUGCUUUUGAAAAUCCCACCCCAAGCUACUUAUAUAGGUGCCAAAAGGGCUGAUUCUUCAAAGUGCUGAGCACUCUUACCUGAUCCAGAAAAGUACACACCCCCAUGCUUAAAUCUCAGAAUUUGAGUAGACCCAAUUAAGUGACAAUGUAAAGUUAAGCAUGUUUAAGUGCUUUGAUGGGUCUGGUGAAGAGUGUUAGCUACUCAUGUCAGGCCAGGCCUCAGCUACAGUAGUACCUUGGAAGAUUUGAGCCCUAAAUUUGGAUUUAGGAACCUAACUUCAAGCUCUUAUUUUUGAAACCUUGGCCAUGGGUUCCUUUGCUGUCCAUUGAUAAAUUCCCUCAUUACUCAUUCUUCCACUCAUUCAUGUAUAACACUGUGUUCCCCGCCUUUGGUCGUGCUCCUAUGUAUUACGAUUAGCUUCUUGAAAAACUAUUUUGUUUGUGUGAUGUAAGGUAAAGGGUAGAUGUAUCUACCCAUAAAGAUUUUCUCAUUAUUUUCUAAACACUGCAGGUCAAAUUCUGACCUCAUAAGCUUGCACGUAAAUCCAGCUGACAUCAGUGAGGGAUGCCUGUGCUUAACAAAGGAAGAAUAUGGCUUUGCUUGGGAUUUGUUCUAACCUACUUCUGCAUAGUGCAUCCUUUCUGAUGAAAAGAUUUGCCUAAAUGCACAGUUAAUGCUACCAGCUGUUUCGAUUUUUUUUAAGGGAUUCCCUUUAGAAAAAUCUCAAACAUUCCAUGCUGCUCUAAUAAAAACUACAGCUUUUCUCAAGUUGAGUUGUGAGGCAGCAUCAGAUACUAAACAAAACAAAACAGGAAGACAGAGACACCUUUAAAUACCGUGAUAAUUAUAACUAUUUUAAAUGGACAGAUAACAUCAGGGGUAGCACUUGCAAUUACAAUGUUUGUUAUUUGCACAAAGACAUAUUAGAAGAGUUAUGUCCUCUUGUCAACCAAGCAUAGAAGAUAAAUAUUUAUUUUUAUUUAUUGUAAAUAAAUAUUUAU